AGAAACCGUUCUCUCUUCUUGUUGUAUUUUCAACCUGGUUUGCGUUAAUUAUCAAACAUGUUACUAUUAGCGGUUUUUUAUUCAAUGGUAUUCUCAUGGAGAAUCGCUGUCACGGAAAUGCAUUCACUAUCUUCUUAUUUAAUGUUACCUGACUGGAUAAAGGGUAACCUUUUUACCUGCAAAAUAAUUAAUACCAAAGAGGGAAUCGUUCUUAGCUGCUGCAUAAAUGGCUUCACUAAUUCAAAGGACUUCACACCAAAGUCGAAUGAUUCUUGCCAAUAUAAUAUUGAAGAACAAUCUGCUGUGCAAGACAUGUUAAUACGGUCAAACUACAUUAGCUCUUGGGAAAACGACACCGAUGUGCUCAUCAUUGAAUCAACCAAUCGAACUAAUCGACUUCAAUCUCCUAUUAAUUUAACCGAUUCUCAGCCAACUCCCGGUAUGUUAGAUACUUUAUAUAGACGAAGUCAAAGAAGCACGAGCGAAUCACUCGUACCGACAAUUCUUCUGAAAAUGAAUGAAAAAAUGAAUCAGACUGUCUUCUCGCUGUCUAAAUGCCAGCGGUAUCAUGAUAUACCUUUGACUAACAAUAAGAGCUACUUGUGCACAUUUAAUCAUGAGAUCGACGUUUGCUGGAUGAGUAUCUAGAAAUCAUUCAUCGUUAAAUAAUCUAUCCUAGUCUAAUAAAUAAGUGAUCCGCUAGUUUAUGCAAUAAAACUGCUAAAAAGGCUCGAAACAAAAUUACAUAAAAUAUUAUCAAAAACGUUUCUCUGUAUUCCUUAGGAUGAUAGUGGUAAUCCUCUGAUUGCUGAUGGUAAGCAAAUCGAUAUUAUUUUCUCACUUCUCCCUUGCAUUACUGGUGGGUAGACAUCAAUAUCUACGAUUAUCGUUGUUUCAUUCUAUUAGCCAUAGGCAAACACAACUUGACAUAAUAUAAAACAUAAAUUUAUCACGUUUAUGCAUCGAAAGAAUAUGCUAUUACGAUAUUGAGAGCACACACAAUUGCAGCAGUUGCACUCUGAAAAUCAAAAAAAAUUCUUAUGUAUUUAUCGUUAACAAAUAAAUGCUAUGAUUAUACU